UCAGGUCCCCAAAUCCCUACCCCAAAAUCUCAUUCGGCGCUAGAGUUUCUUCUUCUCUCUUUCUCCUCCCUCGCAGCAUCCACCAGUUCCGGCGUCUCUCGUAUCCGGCGUCGGCGUCCCUCUCCGUCAGCUAUUCUCCGACGUCUCUCUUCCGUCGCUGACUCAGAUCGAGAAGCUGCUCGCUCAGGCGGCCGUCCCUCGGUCCGUUGUUCAUCUCCCUCGCAGCAUCCACCAAUUCCGGUGUCCUCCGUCGCUAAUCUCCGGCGUACCUCGUGCGUCGCUCAUAUUCGUUGUCAUUCCUGUCUGUCGUCGCUGAUCCAGAUCGAGAAGCUGCUCAGGCGGCUGUUCCUCGGUCCGUUCGCUUGUCAUCUCAGGCAUCGAAGCGUUUAUUCUCUGGUGACGCUGCUGCGGCCAUCGAUUUAAAAUCCUUUGCUGGUCCAGAAUACUCAGAUCUGGUGAGUUUCUUCGACGCCAUUUCCGUACUCCCCGAGUCGCUUCACUGGAAGCUGUUGAGGUCUAUACAUAAAUUUUCUCGUCAACAUGGGGGACAAUGAAACUCUGGCUGGUCAAACAGCUGCAGCUUUGGGGUACACAUCUGCUGGCUAUUCAUCCUCUGUUUAUGUCAAUGCUCAUUCAGAUGCAGCUCCUGAUACUGGUGCCUUUGUUGAUGGAGGUAGUGGUGAUGGGGCUGCUUCUGUUGCUUCAACAGCUUCAGGAGAUUUUUCUGCACCUGCUGCUGUGGCAGAUGCUGCUAAUCCCGUUCCUGAUGUUUCUAAUGAAGGUGGUAUGGUAUACAGUGCAGAUCUAAAUUCUGCCUUGCAUGGAGCUCCUACUGUUACACAUUUUACUUCCAAGGCAUCUUAUGAAGUGACUGGUACUAAUGAGAGUAUUGGUGGCAUUGAAAAUGCUUCUGCGGUUUCUUCUGAAGCUGCUGGUAAUGAUUCUGCCAUAAACGGAAGCGAUGUAAGUGGUGCGAGAAAUACAGCUUUGGCUGGUAUAAGUGAGAAUGGAAAUCCAUCAGAUGAUGUUCUUGGAUCUAUCCCCAUGCAUCAACCAGUGGAUGAUUCUGCACUAUCUGCUGAAGAAGAACGCUUGUGGAAUAUAGUGAGAGCUAAUUCUAUAGAUUUUAAUGCCUGGACGACCCUAAUUGAAGAGACAGAGAAGGUGGCAGAGAAUAACAUUAUGAAAAUCCGGAAAGUUUAUGAUGCCUUUUUAGCAGAAUUUCCUUUGUGUUACGGUUAUUGGAAGAAGUAUGCAGAUCAUGAGGCACGCCUGGGCUCUAUUGACAAAGUUGUAGAGGUAUACGAACGAGCUGUUCAAGGAGUAACAUAUUCUGUGGACAUGUGGUUGCACUAUUGUGUAUUUUCCAUAAGCACGUAUCCGGAUCCAGAGACCAUUCGUAGGCUGUUUGAGCGAGGAUUAGCAUAUGUUGGAACAGAUUAUCUAUCUUAUCCACUUUGGGAUAAGUAUAUCGAGUAUGAAUACAUGCAGCAGGAAUGGUCCCGUCUUGCUAUGAUCUAUACACGUAUAUUAGAGAAUCCUAUCCAACAACUGGAUCGUUAUUUCAACAGCUUCAAGGAAUUAGCUGGAAGUCGGCCUGUGUCAGAGUUGAGGACUACUGAGGAAGCUGCUGCUGCUGCUGUCACAUUUAAUUCGGAACCUAGAGCUCAAGAUACUGAAGAGGUUCUCUCUAGUGUUGCUGAGCAAUCUCCUAAACCUGGAACUGCAGGCUUAACUGACGCUGAAGAGUUGGAGAAGUAUAUUGCUGUUAGAGAAGAAAUGUAUAAGAAAGCUAAGGAGUUUGACUCUAAGAUCAUUGGUUUUGAAACUGCCAUUAGGAGGCCCUAUUUUCAUGUGCGUCCCCUCAAUGUUGCAGAACUUGAGAAUUGGCAUAACUAUCUUGAAUUUAUUGAAGGAGAUGGAGACCUUAAUAAGGUUGUCAAAUUAUAUGAAAGAUGUUUAAUUGCUUGUGCAAACUAUCCUGAGUAUUGGAUAAGGUAUGUUUUAUGCAUGGAGGCAAGUGGAAGCAUGGAUCUCGCAAAUAAUGCACUUGAGCGUGCUACUCAAGUCUUUGUUAAGAGACAACCAGAGAUUCAUCUCUUUGCCGCUCGGUUUAAAGAGCAUAAUGGGGAUAUCGUAGGAGCCCGAGCUGCCUAUCAACUUGUCCACACGGAAAUUUCCCCUGGUCUUUUAGAAGCUAUUAUUAAGCAUGCGAACAUGGAACACCGCUUGGGAAACCUGGACGAUGCUUUCUCAGUAUAUGAACAGGCCAUUGCUAUUGAAAAAGGGAAAGAAUAUUCACAAACUCUGCCUUUCUUGUUUGCACAAUAUUCUCGGUUCUUACGUUUGGUUCCUGUCAAUGUUGAAAAAGCUCGAGAAAUUCUUCUUCAGGCACUUGAGAACAUCCAGCUAUCAAAACCGCUUUUGGAGGCUUUGAUUCAUUUAGAAUCAAUUCAACCACCUCCAAAGCAAAUUGGGUAUUUAGAUUCACUGGUUGAGAAGUUUGUAGCUCCUAUCCCCGAUAACCCAAAUUUUGGAAGUUUUGCUGAGAGAGAAGAGCUUUCUAGUAUAUUUUUGGAGUUUUUGGAUCUCUUUGGUGAUGCACAAUCUAUAAAGAGGGCUGAUGAUCGGCACGCCAAGCUAUUCUUACACCACAAGAGCACGUCGGAGUCAAAAAAGCGUAAUGCGGAGGACUUUCUUGUUUCAGACAAAACAAAAUUAGCGAAAUCAUACUCUGCUGUUCCUGUAACGGCUCCAUCUGUUAUGGGUGCAUAUCCAAAUGCACAAAACCAAUGGGCUGCAGGGUAUGGCUUACAGCCCCAAGCUUGGCCACAAGUCACACAAGCCCAGGGGCAACAGUGGAAUCCUGGCUAUACCCAACAACAGGCUGCAUUUGGUGCUUAUGGUAGUUAUGGAAGCAGCUAUGCAAAUCCUCAAGUGCCAACGUCAGUGCCCCAGAAUGCUGCUUAUGGUGCUUAUCCACCUUCAUAUCCAGUCCAGCAGGCCUAUCCCCAGCAAAAUUAUGUACAAUCAGCAACAACAGCAGCUGUGGCUCCAGCACAGCAACCUGCCUCAGUUGCUACCCAGGCCUAUUAUGGCAGUUAUUAUUGAAACGACACAUCGGUUUGCUCCAAUUUUUGCCACCAGCAACCUUUUCCAAUGUCAGUUGGCAUCUACUGGUUUCCUGGACUGAUCUUAUCAGAGUGACGUAGUGAAGUUGUUUUUGCGUUUGAUUUCGGCUGAUCUGAUCUUAUCGUAUUUCAUGCAAAGCUUAGAAUAUGCCAUAACCUGGGGUGAAAUGAAAGCUGAUCGUCUGGUAGAGAGGGAUAGGGACUGACCAUAGAUGGUUUGGUAGCUUAGGGUUUAGGGUGUAUUGAAGUUUAUGACAAACUCAGUUGUACAUCUUGCAGAUUUAGCCUGAGGUGAUGCUUUUGUUGUGGGAAAAGCUAAAAUGAUUCAUCAUCAGGUUUGCUUUGCAUACAGUUUGCACCCGAAACUGUGUUUGAAUCUCUACUCAUGUCUGGUCUUAUGGGUCGGCUGGCUGCUGGAUUUUUCAGAAGAUUUUUCGUUGAAUGUAGUAACAUGGAAGAUGACCUGUUGGGACAAUGAAACAGAUGCUCAAACUGCCUGCCUUUCACUA